AUGGGGUCCGUUAACGACGGCAUGCAACGGAAACGUGAGCCAAAGGCGGAGACCAGAUGCGGCUGUGAGGUAGAGAUGUGCGUCCACGUGCACUUCGAAAGUGGUAGAUGGAUAAUAUCAUACUUUCAAGACGUUCACAACCACAAGUUGCUGGACGAUAGACUGACUUUCAUGCUAUCGGGCCAUAGGAAAAUGGAUGCAGCCACCCUGGAACAAAUGAACAUGAUGCCUAGAGUUGGGAUUAAAACGCCACAGAUUUAUUCAUCUUUUGUGCAGACUGCCAGGGGAUUCCAAAACCUUUCGUUUCUAAAGAGGGAUAUGUAUAACCAGAUAGGGAAGUAUUGGAGGCUCAUUGGUGGGGAUGCGACGGCUUGCCUUAAGUUCCUGGAAUCAACGACGCAGGCUAAUCCUGGAAUGUUUGUGCGUUAUUUGGCGGACAAGGAUGGUCGUUUGGUGCACCUGUUUUGGUCGGAUAAUUGCAGUCAGCUGGAUUAUGGUUUGUUUGGGGAUGUCAUGGCAUUUGAUGCGACAUAUCGGAAGAAUAAGUAUAUGUGUCCACUGUUCCUGGACGCCAUGAAGGGUAAAGCACCUGGGUGUGUGAUAACAGAUGGGCAUAGAGCGAUGAAAAAGGCAAUCGAAGCGGUGUCUCCUGGGGCCUAUCACCGUUUGUGUGCGUGGCAUCUGCUGAGGAAUGCCACUUCUAACCUAAGCAACCCCAGAUUUACUUCUGAAUUUAAGAAAUGCAUGCUGUUCGAUUAUAAGGUGUGGGAGUUUGAAGAUCAUUGGCAUUAUAUGGUGGAUGCGCUUGGUCUGUCUGAUAAUCAAUGGGUUUCUGACCUUUACUCUAGGAGAAGGAUGUGGGCAACUGCACAUAUAAGGGGCAACUUCUUUGGGGGUUUUCGUACAAUGUCAAGGUGUGAAGGAUUGCACUCAAUGCUGGGUAAAUUUGUCCAGUCUCGUCAUAAUUUGAGGGACUUUGUUGAGCAGUUUAUGCGUUGCAUAUCCCAAAUGAGGUCCAGGGAAGCACACUCUGAUCUGUUAUCCAUGGUUGGGGAACCAGUGCUACAGAGUCCAUUUCAUGAUUUGGAGAGGUCAGCUGCAAAGAAGCUCACAAGGGCAAUUUUCUUCAACUUCAGGCCGAUGCUUUUCCGCGCUUGCACAUUGAAGGUACGAACACACACAUGGAGCCAGACUUCUGAUACAUUCACUUUGUCUAGGUCAGCUAAUGCGCGUAGGGAGUGGCAAGUGUGUCACUAUGGUGACAGUAACAAUUUCAAGUGCUCUUGCUUGCGAAUGGAGUCCCUUGGUAUACCGUGUGAUCCCAUUGUAGCAGUGCUGGUACAUUUGGAGAUGACUGACAUACCAGACAGUCUUGUUCUGGAUCAUUGGUCCAAGAGUGCUCGCUCGAAAGUAAGGGCCUUUGUGGAGAAAGGUCUGUUUUGCUGGGAUAUCUCUGCCAACAUUUAA